AUGCAUAUUGCGCCUCUUCCCGCUAUAAUCCACCACCCAUGGUUCUUGGCCGAUGUGCCAGAAUGGAGAAACGACGGAACAGCACCAGGGGAAACCUUUGAGUCUGACGGGCUCUAUUUAGAGGAGAUCUUUUUGGCAAAAGUAAAGUCACAACAAUUGCCUUCUUACAUUGCUAGUCUGCUACACAAUUCAGGUGAGAGGCUCUUCUUCCAGUCUGCUUUCCACGUCAAGGGCAUACAUGAGGAAUUUGUGCGGCUACAUUGUUCUCGAACAAAGGAGAAUUUGGUUGCUGCAAGGCUACAGCUGGACCAAUUUGUAUUUCAAAACCCGGAAUUAAGAGAAGCAAGCGUGGAGACUAGCGAGUGGGUGUCUAGAGAAAUGAAGCGUAUGGUAUAG